AUGAGCGAUUUGAAUGUUAACAAGGCUUCAAGUGCGCAGACUUCAUUACCGCGAGAACGUGUUUUCAUUGAUUCAAGCGAUCCCUCAUUUCCCAAUCAAGUAAUUAACAACAACAGUGGACAAACAUUUAAACCUCCAUUUCCUCCCACUAUUACUCCUCGAGAUUUGGUAGAGAAAAGACCUGAUGGACGCGUUCCUGCUAGAGCUCCAAAUUCUUUCAUUGUCUAUCGAAAAGCAUGCGUCGAGGAGGCACGUAAAAAGGGGUAUUACUUACCAAUGACUGUCAUUUCCUCAAUUGCCUCUAAAUCGUGGGAACAAGAACCUGAGACGGUGAAAAAUGAGUACAUGAGAAUCGCGCGAGAAGCCUGCGAAUAUCAUAGUGAAAUUUAUCCGAAGUAUCACAAACGAAAAAAACGUGAAAAAUGGAAUAUAAUUUCAUUUAAACAAUCAAAUCGAUCUGGCACUCCAUCAACAAACAAUUCGACUCAAUUCCCUCAAUCCUCAAGCCCGAAAGAACUUCAUACAGUCGAUGUCGUACCUUCGAGCUGUCCGCCAUCAGGGAGUCUUCGAUCUUCUGAAACCCCGAAAGUUCAUAAUAUACUAUCAACGGAUUCGCGUAAUCGUCAUGAUUUUUACAGCCAACCCAUUUUCCCGAGUCCCGAUCCCUCAUUUGAUUAUGAUCACCGACAGAUAGUUGAUACUGAUGUUUCAAAUACUCAAUUAUCUUCUGACUUCCUUCAACUAGGUACAACACAUCAAUUUAGUGGAGCCAUAUAUCCAAGCCCUGAUGUAAACUCUGAAGAUUUUCUUAAAACUCCUAUUCCAAAUUUGAUAUCUUUAUUCAAUUCACCAUUAAUUCAAACCCCUACUAUAAGAGAUGAAUCCGAUAAUGUCACAAGCAUGUAUAACUGUACCAUGCCAAACUGGUUUAAACAAUCAUGGCAAGACAAUCUACAAGUGAGUGACAAUCCUUUAAAUGGAUCCUAUGACGAUAGCAUCAAUUUUGAUGCAUUUGGUAUCUCCUUUUCGAAUAUGUCAGAUACUGCGACCAAUAACAUUCAAUAUGAAAAAAAUGAUAAUAGCAAUGCUUGGAAUAAUCCUAAUAAUCCUUUUUGA